AUGGCUCCGCAAGCAAUCAACUGGGCCAUCUAUAACAGCCUUCCUCCGGCGGAAGCCCAGUAUCAAUUGGCACAUGUCCACGACAGCAAAAGAAAAUCAAUCGCCACUGCAUAUAUCAUAUGUGUUCCUAUCAUCUUUCUUGCCGUUACGAUGCGCUUCUUGUCCAGGCGCAUUGGUCGAACAUCGUAUGGAGCCGAUGAUUGGAUUAUGGUUUUGGGACUGGUCCUGGUGAUUGCGGACAGCACUCCAUGUCUAUUGGCUGCGUUUGCUUACGGAGGCGCACACCAUGCGAUCCUGAUGACCGAAAAUGACCCAGUCAGUUUCGCAAAGAGUGUCUUCGUAGGAGAAAUCCUCUAUGCCCCGACCAUCGGUGUCGUCAAAAUUAGUACUCUUCUACUCUUUGCUCGGAUCUUCCCAGGCCCGAAAUUCAAACGCAUGCUUUGGGCUGUCGGUCUCUUCAUAUCAACAUACUCCGCCGUCAUGGUAAUCACGAUGAUUUUUCAGUGCAAGCCAGUCAACAGAGUUUGGGACCCUACCGUCAAAGCGGACUGUAUCGACAUCAGUAAGGUCUGGAUUGUCAUGGCCAGUAUGAACGUGUUGACGGAUUUCCUGCUCUUAUGCCUCCCGCUGCCGCAGCUGUGGAAGCUUCAGAUGCACCGCGAAACAAAGUUACAACUGAUUGGCAUAUUCAGUAUCGGCAGUUUCGCCACCGUAGUUUCGAUCUACCGCAUCCCGCAGCUGCGUGGAUUGUCUCUGUACUCGUACGACCCCACCUGGGCCGACGUCGAGCCCUCUCUUUGGUCGGUUGUUGAAGUCUCCGCUGCCAUGCUGGGUGCGUCCGCCAUCACAUACCGUCCUCUGUUCAACUGGAUCUUUAGGAAACCAUCCUCCUCGCCGGAGCCGGAGGGCAGAGCAUCGCCAAGGACAGGCGCCACCAAGUCGUCCAUUGGCAACAUUCGGACUAGAUCGAGAUCAAAGACAGGUAGUGAUAUCAAGAUGCAGGCUCUCAACGUCUUCCACCCAUCUGUCCCACAAUCGAUCCACAGCUCUCGGAUAUCUGGAAAAGGAGAUGGGUUCUGUAGAAUCCAGGAUUCGAUAGACAUUUGA